AGGAAUUGAAGACCUUGCAUAACUGAAAUGCUCACCUGCUGUCAACACACGUAUUUGCAGAUUCUGUAAAAAGUGUGAAGACUUGCAUUCGCCUAAAGAAAUGGAUUUUAUCUUUUCGACGAAAAAGGAAUUGAAGACCUUGCAUAACUGAAAUGCUCACCUGCUGUCAACACACGUAUUUGCAGAUUCUGUGAGAAGUGUGAAGACUUGUAUUCGCCUAAAGAAAUGGAUUUUAUCUUUUCGACGAAGCCAUACAAGUUGCUAAGAUGAAGAAGAACAUUUAAUCAUGGCGGAAUCGCAAAAUUUCACUGAAAUGACUCAAAAGUUUGACAUUACAUCAACAUCGGUAGAUAGAAGUAUUUUGCUCUCUAUCAAUAGUGAAAAUGUCCAAAUGGUCGGAGGCGUGAGCCUCAAUAUCAAUGGAGCAAGACUACGCGAUGUCUACCGCAGUAGUAAAGUUGUAAUGAAAGUAAUCGACGAUGCUAUUUUGAGAGGUUUUGGUGGCACCAGGCAUGAUCAAGAGGUUCAGAAUGUCGACCCAGAGUAUAUUCUUGUAAUCAUGCACUGCUCUACAGAUGAAAGAUUUAUUGACGUGUUGUCGAAUUAUGACUCAGGAAGAAUGAUAAAUCGAAUGCAAGAAGAAUUUGCAAAGAUUGGCCUUGACGUAAGAGAAUUGGAAAUUAAGAUCGAAAACUUGAAAGAAGUGAACAAACAGAAAACCAGGAUUUUGAGAUCAAGUGCUAUGAAAAAUCCUUGUGAUGGGAUGAAAGAUCUUGCCAUAGCUGAUGAGAAGACGUGUAAUAAGGGUAACGAGACCAAAACGAAAAUCGUAACCAACAACUGCCAUUCAGUACUGGCAUCAAAACAAAAAGAUCUUGAAAUUACACAGAAGCUUUACGGUGAAAAUCAUCUCAAAACAGCACAAAGUUACUACGAUAUUGGAGUGGCAAAAGGAAAGUUGCAGGAUUACAUGUCAGCAUUAGAAUUUCAUCAACGUGCUUUACAAAUCAGAUUGAAGCUGAAUGGAGAUGACACUGGAGAUAGUUAUCAUGAAGUUGGUGUGGCACAACACAUGUUGAAAGAGUAUAAAUCUGCAUUAACAUCAUACAAGCAUGCCCUUGAAAUAAAACUGAAACUGCAUGGAGAGAAUCAUUCAUCUUCUGCCUCAACCUAUAAUAGAAUUGGAGUCACACAAUACAAAAUAAAAAACUACAAAUCAUCAUUAGAAUCGUUUCAACAUGCCCUUGAAAUCAGAUUAAGAGUGUUUGGCGAGAAUAAUUUAUCUACUGCAACGACUUAUUUCAACAUUGGCGUCACACAACAUGAAAUGAAAGAUUACAAGUCAGCAUUAGAAUCGCAUCAACGUGCUUUACAAAUCAGAUUAAAGUUGAAUGGAGAAGAACAUAGUGACACUGGAAAUAGUUAUAACUGGGUUGGUCUUGAACAACAUUGCUUGAAAGAUUACAAAUCAGCAUUAGCAUCAUAUCAACAUGCCCUCCAGAUACGAUUAAAACUGUUUGGAGAGAAUAAUUUAUCUACUGCAACAACUUAUUUCAAGAUUGGCGUCACACAACAUGAAAUGAAAGAUUACAAGUCAGCAUUAGAAUCGCAUCAACGUGCUUUACAAAUCAGAUUAAAGCUGAAUGGAGAACAGCAUAGUGACACUGGUGAUAGUUAUAACUGGGUCGGUCUUGAACGAGAUUGCUUGAAAGAUUACAAAUCAGCUUUAGCAUCAUAUCAACACGCCCUCCAGAUCAGAUUAAAACUGUUUGGAGAGAAUAAUUUAUCGACUGCAGUGGCUUAUUACAAUAUUGGAGUCACAGAACACAAAUUGAAAGAUUACAAGUCCGCAUUAGAAUCACAUCAACGUGCUUUACAAAUCAGAUUGAAGCUGAACGGAGAACAUCGAAGUGACAUUGGAAAUAGUUAUCGUGAAGUUGGCGUUGAACAACAUUGCUUGAAAGAUUACAAACCAGCAUUAGCAUCAUAUCAACAUGCCCUUCAGAUAAGAUUAAAACUGUUUGGAGAGAAUAAUUUAUCUACUGCAAUGACUUAUUUCAACAUUGGCGUCACACAACAUGAAAUGAAAGAUUGCAAGUCAGCAUUAGAAUCACAUCAACGUGCUUUACAAAUCAGAUUAAAGCUGAAUGGAGAACAGCAUAGUGACACUGGUGAUAGUUAUAACUGUGUUGGUCUUGAACAAGAUUGUUUGGAAGAUUACAAAUCAGCUUUAGCAUCUUACCAGCAAGCCCUACAGAUCAGAUUAAAACUGUUUGGAGAGAAUGAUUUAUCUACUGCAAUGUCUUAUUUCAAUAUUGGAGUCACACAACACAAAAUGAAAGAUUACAAGUCAGCAUUAGAAUCGCAUCAACGUGCUUUACAAAUCAGAUUAAAGCUGAAUGGAGAACAGCAUAGUGACACUGGUGAUAGUUAUAAUGAAGUUGGUUUUGAACAAGAGUGCUUGAAAGAUUACAAAUCAGCAUUAGCAUCAUAUCAACACGCCCUCCAGAUAAGAUUAAAACUGUUUGGCGAGAAUAAUUUAUCUACUGCAACGACUUAUUUCAACAUUGGCGUCACACAACAUGAAAUGAAAGAUUACAAGUCAGCAUUAGAAUCACAUCAACGUGCUUUACAAAUCAGAUUAAAGUUGAAUGGAGAACACCAUAGUGACACUGGUGAUAGUUAUAACUGGGUUGGUCUUGAACAAGAGUGCUUGAAAGAUUACAAAUCAGCUUUAGCAUCAUAUCAACAUGCCCUCCAGAUAAGAUUAAAACUGUUUGGAGAAAAUAAUUUAUCUACUGCAACGACUUAUUUCAACAUUGGCGUCACACAACAUGAAAUGAAAGAUUACAAGUCAGCAUUAGAAUCACAUCAACGUGCUUUACAAAUCAGAUUAAAGCUGAAUGGAGAACACCAUAGUGACACUGGUGAUAGUUAUCACUGGGUCGGUCUUGAACAAGAAUGCUUGAAAGAUUACAAAUCAGCUUUAGCAUCUUACCAGCAAGCCCUACAGAUCAGAUUAAAACUGUUUGGAGAGAAUGAUUUAUCUACUGCAAUGUCUUACUUCAAUAUUGGAGUCACACAACACAAAAUGAAAGAUUGCAAGUCAGCAUUAGAAUCGCAUCAACGUGCUUUACAAAUCAGAUUAAAGUUGAAUGGAGAACAUCAUAGUGACACUGGAAAUAGUUAUAACUGGGUUGGUCUUGAACAAGAGUGCUUGAAAGAUUACAAACCAGCUUUAGCAUCAUAUCAACACGCCCUCCAAAUACGAUUAAAACUGUUUGGAGAGAAUAAUUUAUCUACUGCAGAGGCUUAUAACAAUAUUGGAGUCACACAACAUGAAAUGAAAGAUUACAAGUCAGCAUUAGAGUCACAUCAACGUGCUUUACGAAUCAGAUUGAAGCUGAACGGAAAACACCAUAGUAACAUUGGAAAAAGUUAUCGUGAAAUUGGCCUUGAACAACGCAAUUUAAAAGAUUACAAAUCAGCAUUAGAAUCAUAUCAACAUGCCCUCGAGAUCAAUUUAAAACUUUUUGGAGAGUAUCAUCCCCAAACUGCGGAACUUUAUCGCCAAAUUGGAGUCACACAACACAGCAAGCACACAAUGGAAGGUUACAAGGCAGCCUUAGAAUCAUAUGAGAAAACUCUUCGUAUCAGAUUACAAAUAUUUGGUGAGCGUCAUGUUGAUACUACUCAAAGUUAUCAGGAUAUUGGACUCGUACAAGACGCAAUGAAAAAUUGCAAAUGAAACGGAUAUUUAGUUUAUUUCCAGUGGAUAAUUCCAUGUGAAGUAAACGAAGGUAUUCUAUACAUAAGUAAAAACUUCAUGAAACUAAUUCUAUAGUUGCAGGGCAUACAAUGCUUUGUCAGAUUGCCGCCUAUAGUGUCUGGUAUCUAUAUUGAGACAGUGGUACGCGUAGGCGUAGAUGAUUUUAAGUUUAUGAAGGAAACAAAAUUAGAGAUGCAUAAUACAGAUAAUUAGACUUACCUAGCAGAAAAACACGUCGUAAAUUUUGCUAUCAAAAUAGGAAUUUAAUUUUAACAGUUAAUGAAACAAUUAAAUUAAAAUAUCCCCGCCAACAUGAGUAGAACUUUACAGUAGUGUCAAUCAAUAUGCACUUUAUGUGCAAAUGAAAGUGGUAAUGCAUGUUAUUACACUGGCCGCGCAAGGAGUC